CCCCAGGUGGUCUAAAUUACCUGAGCCCUCCACUACGGCGGUCCUCAUAAUCAUAUAGUGGUUUGGGGAUGUUAGACCCCAACAACUAAUUAUUUCAGCGUAAAAAUAAAGACAAGAUAAGCUAAGACAACUGUUGAGGAGGAGGAGGAUUGAAGGAGGAAGGACAGGGAGGUUAGCCAAAGACAACUGUUGGCUUUCUUCUAGCCCUGUACAUCUGAUGAAAUGAUUAUGUCGAAUGGGUCAUUAACACUAAUUUAUCCAAAUGCACACUUUUCUCAGAUUGUUGUGGCAUGUACUAUCAGCAUCGAAUGAAAUGCAAACUGUGCAAAGCAUGAGCAGUGGCACAGUGCGUGCUGCCCUGUCAUCACUAUGGAAAUGCACAGUGCUACCAAACUGGAGCAUUGCGCAUCUGUCAACGGUGCUGACUGGAUGACUAUCAUUUCUAAUGCUUUCCACUGUUCACUUUUAAUUUGAAGCUGAUAGUGCAACACCUUACUUUAUAGGCUUUUAUAUUGAUUCAUAGUAUUACUGGCAAAUCUUUAUAAUUUUUUUUUAUCUUUUCAGUUGUAGAAAUGCUACAAGGGGGAAAUGUCUGGCAGCCUCGAGAGACACUUACUAGCAAAAGUGCCUCGCAGCUUCGAGGAACACUGGCAAGCGAAAGUGCCCCGCCUCCUAAGAAAGCACAGCAGACACAGCAGUCCCCUGCAGAUUUUCCGGAGACUGAGCGCAGAGAAGUUCAAGCUGAGAAAUCACACCCAGCUCCCACAGCAACGUCGCUGGCAUCAUGUGUCGACACAUCUACAGGAAGCCUGCAGAGCCAAUGCAAGCCUUCUGGAGAGCCACUGCCCACAGCUGACUCAAAGGCCACCGAUGUUCCAUUCACAGAAAUUGGUGGUGGCAAGUAUCAUGUGAAAAAUGGUCUAGUCAUCGGGAGCCAGCAAGCCGAGAAAAUAUUGGGCCACAAGAAACCUUCCCUUGUGGUAAAGGACAUGGCCCAAGCCAUAUGGGGCCGUGAAGGAUUGGCAGAACGCAGCUAUGGGGGGAAGCUAGCCCCCAAGGAUUACAAAAAUCCUACUGCGGUAGUGCGGAAACAGCUGAGCCCAGACAAGGUUGCUUUGAUUAUUGACACUGUGACACAUUGGGGCUCGUGCAAGGGUGUUCCUGUUAAAGAAACAGUGGAUAACUUGUCGACAAUUUUGUCGCAGAAAAUACAGGACAUCCGGCGCAACAAGAAGAAAGAAAACUAAAUGCUUGAAGUAUACCACUCAUGUAAAGUAAUAAAUUAUUAAAACUAA